AUGGUUUCAGCGAGCCAUGGCAGCCCAGGCAUGGUGCAGUGCAGCGUCUAUGGCUUCUACCCCAGACAGAUAAGGGUGUCAUGGAGGAAGAACGGCCAGGAGGUGACCACUGACGUGACGUCUACCCAGGUGCACUCGAAUGGAAACUGGAGCUACCAGGCCCACUCCAAGCUGGUGCUGCCUCCUGACUUCAUGGAUACAGUCUCUUGUGUGGUGGAACAUGCCAGUUUCCCUGAGCCUGUAGAACAUGGAUGGGUUCCCUCCAUGUCAAGCUCACACAAAUGCCAGAUUAUCAUUGGGGUCACUUUCCUGGGGUUUGGAGCCCUUUUGUUCAGUGGCAGUUUGUUAUUCUACCUUCUGAGAACCGUAGGGUAAGUGACGUAUGAUA